CUGGGUAUCGCGAGAGUUGCUGUGUCGGCAGGUCACUAUGCCGGUAGGGACGGGAUGGCUGAGGAGCUGCGCGGAGCAGACCUGGUAGGCUCAGCGGCUCGGCCAUCUCUAACGAAAUGGCACCCCGAGACCGACCGGUAGCGGCACUUCCUUCCGCCAUGCGCAAACGCGGAGCUCGAAAGCGUCUCAAGUUUCGGGCCGAAGACGUCUGCUUAGAGCGGAUGACUGUGGCCGACUACGCAAAUUCGGAUCCUGCUGUGGUGAAAUCCGGACGCGUUAAAAAAGCUGUGGCCAACGCGGUGCAACAGGAAGUGAAAUCACUCUGUGGUUUGGAAGCAUCCUUUGUACCUACUGAUGAAAUACUAUCUGUGGCAGAGUCCUAUGACAGUGGUGAUGAAAUGGAUUCUAAAUAUUUCACCACUGAUGAAUAUUUCAUGACUGAUAGAAAAAAGAAAAGCAAAAGGCAUAAAGAAAACUCUGAUACUGUGGUAGGCAAAGAAUAUCCAAUUGAUAUAUGGUUGAUGUUGGCAUCCUAUAUACGCCCAGAGGACACUGUGAAUUUUUCUCUAAUUUGCAAAAGGGCCUGGACUGUUACUUGUACAGCUGUAUUCUGGACCAGACUUUAUAGAAGGCAUUACAAUAGGAAUGCAUCCCUCCCAAUCCGUUUACAGCCAGAAUCAAUGGAAAAGAUGUACUGCCUUCGUGCAUGUGUAAUUCGUUCCUUAUACCAUAUAUAUAAACCUUUUGUUUCCCGGAUAGCCAGAAAUCCAAGUAUCCCAGAGACUACUCCAAGCACCCUAAAAAAUUCAAAAUGUAGCUUCUGUGGGACACUGGAGCUGUUGUGGUGUCAGCAAAAGUUGCCCUUAAAGACACAUCCACUGUUUGGAGCAGCAUACCAGUUGUGCCUGCUCUUCUGGUCUAAAAAGAUUAACCAGCAGUCUUCACUGUGGGAAUUCAGCUUCAAAUUCCAAAGGCAGUCUCCCAAGUUCAAGAAUAAAUGUUUGAAACAACUUCAACCACCUAUCCGGUAUGCAGAUGUCCACAUGAACCCUGACCAAGACUGCUGUCUGUUGCAGAUCACUACUCUUGACUUUAUAUAUGUUCCUAUAGUAAUGGGCAUGACAGUUACAUUGUUCACAAUAAAUGUGAGCACUGACAUGCGGCACCACAGAGUGAAAUUGGUAUUCCAUGAUUCUCCAGUAUGGAGUGGCAAGAAACCCAGGUUUGACCAUGGGAUACAGGUUGUAAUGGACCCUGUGCACAGUGUGCAUCUGUUUGAUUGGUGGCACCCACAGUUUCCCUCUUCACACAUCUGAGGACUCCCAAGUAGUUUACAUCAUAAAUUGUAUUACGUGCGAUUUCCAUAAACAACCAAAUUUGAUAAGCCAGUCUGUGUAUAUGUUUAAUCACCUUUUGGGGAAUAAUUUGUGCUAAAGAUUGGACAUAACUUCUGUAAGGCCUUUUAUUAUAUGAAAAAUCAUCUGCAUUUUAUUUGAAAAAUAAUUUUAUUAUAUGAAAAAUAAUUCAUCACUUUGGUGCUAAUGAAAUUUGUCCUUUUUGUUUUUUGAUAACAAAACACAGCAGGAAUGUAUAAACUCUCCCAUGUUGGAGUGAUCCAACUCUGGAAUGUUUGUUUUCACCUGGAAUGGGCCUAUGUAAGCAUCAGGGGGUGGUUUAUGAAGUUUUGAAGUGGAUUGUCUGGAACUGGAAGAUGAUGUGAUCCAUCACAGCCAAGCCCCAAAUACUUGCAUUGAAUGUGAACAUUCUGGAAACUGGCCCAAUAUGAGACAUUCUAAUUACACAUUCCUCCUAUGUAGCUAGAAACAUUUACAGUUCACAUAAUAGGUAUCCAUUUUACUUUCCCAUGCUAUAAAGUAUUUCCAAUGUUCCACUCCUAUAAAAGUGCUUGCAUUGCUUUACUAGUUGCAAAGACUUCCUUCAUGAACUAUGUAGUUAUUGCAAGGAACUUUCAGCCUUUGAAAUUAUUGAUUACAUCUUCACAGGUUACAGGUAGUCCUCAUUUAGCGACUUCCUCUUUUAACGACCACCGUUGCAACAAUGAUAAAAAAGUAACUUUAUGACCAAUCCUUGCAUUUACAACCUUCAGAGGUCUGUAAAGCAAAGGAAAAGUGGAGUAAGAUCAUAAGUACAGUCACAGUUUCCCUUGGGAACUGCUUCACUUAAUGACCAACUUACUGGUCCCAAUUGUGGUCACUAAAUGAGGACUGCCUGUAUAGAAAAACUUGCCUAUGGUGCUGAUUCCCUUAAAUGUGAAUUUUCCAGAUAUACUAGGAUAGAUUAGACUUUUCAUGUUUAAAAUAGAUUCAUGAAGAUAAACAAUUAAUUUAUUAUUUAUUAUAUUUUUAUCCUGCCUUUUAUAUAUAUAACUCAAGGUGGCAGACAUACCUAAUAUUCCUGCCUCCUAUUUUCCCCACAACAAUGAGCCUGUGAGGUGGGUUGGGCUGAGAGAGAUUGGCCCAAAGUCACCCAGCCAGCUUUCAUGCCUAAGGGAGGCCUAGAACUCACAGUCUCCUGGUUUCUAGACCAGCACCUUCACCACUAUACCACACUGGCUCUACAUAUGACUAAUUUGAUAUCUGUCAUACAGAAAUGAAGGUUUCCUCUAGUAACAAAGAAAUGCUUAUGUGCUAGUUGUGAAAUGAAACAAUUUGGUGGCCAUGGCUGCAGGAAUAAGUUAUAACUGGGUGAGGGAUAGUCUGGCUGUAGGAAGAACGGAGAAGAUAAGCAAUCUAAGAACGGAUGAUCAAGUUAGCAUAAAAGGAGAUUGGAAUAGGUGUUACACUACUAUUCCUAACUUCAGAGCUUUUUUCCACCUGUACGCAACUUCUUGUUGAACUUCUUACCUUUGUGCUCUAAAAAUUGCUCAGACUUGUCUCAUGACAGCUUUAGUACAAAUAAUAUAUACUAUGCGAUAAUUGAGGUAUAAAACAUUUUAUUUGUUGCA